GUCCACGUUUCUUGUGUUUCACAAACCAUUGUUCUUUGCCCCGCCUUUUGUACAUAUAGCCAGUAUCCUUUUGAAUGCAACUCGGUUUCCUCCCCCAGAGGUCUGCUGGACUGAUCUCUACAUUCUUCACGUUUAUCCGGCUGGCCUAUCGUUCUAGCUUCAUCAUCACGACUCGGACGCGUGCUUUGACCUUGUACCUUUCACAUAUUUGCAUGGAUAGACGCGUCGACACGCUUUCACCAACGAUUUUCUUCUUCUUUUACUUUGCAUGAUGGAUCAUUCGCCUAUGUUUUUGAAACUCCGGACGAUUGCUUUCUUGAUAAUCACACUUGUAUGCUUUGUGUGGAUUAUCCUCUUCUCAGUUGUGGUGACUCUGCGAUGGGGAACCUUGGACACAUCGGAACACUCACUUUUAAUUCUCUUCAUCGUCGCCAACUCUAUUACGGUCAUAAUCCUUCCUAUACUGAUUCUACGAGAAUUUCGCACAUGGCUGGACGGUGCUCGUCUUCUGCUUCUACUCAUGAUCCAAAUAGGCGUGGUGGCCGUCUUUACCGCUUGGUACCCCACGUUCACAUGUGCUACCUCCUCGGUGGAUGACCGGGGCGUAUGUCAACUUCUCAACAUGUAUAUUCUGAUUGCGGGCUGGGUUCCGGUCGCAUUGCUGCUCGCCUACGCCUGCUGUCUCGCAUACUACGCCUACCGUAUACGCAACCUCCCACCGUCCAUCGUUAGCGAGCACAGCAGCGACCGUUAUGCCCUCGGCGACGAAGAGAAAAUCUUAGGUCUGAAGAUUGAUUCUCGCAGAGGAACCCUGCCCAUGAUGGAACCCUCCCUCAAUACACCCCUCUCCAUCAGCAUAGACCGCACCAUGCAUCUGGUACACCUCAGUUCGGACGGCAGCUCACCGAUACGACCGUCACCGGGAUCGAGAAGACCGAGUAUGGAGCCUGCGGCGCGCUCGGGGCACCUCAGUGUCGAUGGGAGUCUGCCUUCGACGAAACCGAAUGGGUCUAGGAGGCUGACUCUAGAGAAAGCUAUGCGCCCUGGGCAUGCGAGUGGGAGUCAAUCGACUGGGAGUUCGGGUUCUACAGGUUCGAGGAGACCGAGUAUGGAGCCUGCGGUUUGGCCGGGGCAUCUGAGUGUCGAUGGGAGUCGGCCUUCGACAAGACCGAACAAGUCUAGGAGGCUGACUCUAGAGACAGCGAUACGUCCUGGGCACGGGAGUAGGGACGGGAGUCAGUCUACUGAGAGUCCCAGUUCGACGGAUUCGAGAAGACCGAGCUUGGAACCGUCAGCGAUAGUGUCGUUACACCCAGGACGCCUAAACGUUGCGGUCGAUACCAAUUCGCGGAGACCUUCACAGGUUUCGAUGCUGACACCUGUAACAGCUACUGUGGGGCAAGCGAGUGCUCCAAGUCCACUGCAGGAGUCACCAGGGCCACGGGCCACAGAUAGUGCAGGAGCUGGGGUUGGGGCUGGUCCCCUGAGGGAGAAGAUCAGGAAACAUGAAUCGGGGAGACUGUCAAAGGCUCGUUUGCCUGCGUGGUACUUCUAGGCAAUGCUGUUGAGGACGACCCGUUGUAAACCUCUGCCACAUUGUAACUGUAUCACUUCAAUGCCAGAUGACCGUAACCUGUGUAGCUAUAUAUUACUUACCCCACUUUUAUUGUACGACCUUGCG